CUCAGCUCUUCCAACUCUUCCAGAACUUUUUUCUUAGCGAUCGUCCUCCCGUAACAGUUGAAGAGCCACACGCAGAUUCCCGUCACCACACCAGAAUGGCUUCAACAUCCGCAGAAACCCCCGCUGAGAAUGCGGCCACUCAAACCCCGACUGCUAUCGUCGUCGUCGGCAUGGCCGGUAAGCAAUACACACACGCACCGCGCCAGACACCCACCGUGUCGCUGACCAAUACCACCAGGCUCCGGCAAGACGACCUUUAUGCGACGCAUCAACUCAUACCUGCACGGCAAGCAGGAUCCCCCCUACGUGAUCAACCUGGACCCCGCUGUGCUCAACGUCCCUUUCGAAAGCAACAUUGACAUCCGCGACUCGGUCAACUAUGAAGAGGUUAUGAAGCAGUACAACCUGGGACCGAACGGUGGCAUCCUCACGUCCCUGAACCUCUUCGCGACCAAGGUCGAUCAAAUCGUCAACCUUCUCGACAAGCGUGCGGCACCAGACCCAGCGAACCCCGACAAGAAGCCCAUCAAUAACAUCCUUGUCGAUACUCCCGGACAGAUUGAGGUCUUCGUUUGGUCCGCCAGUGGAACCAUCCUCCUCGAGUCUCUCGCGUCCUCCUUCCCGACCGUCAUCGCCUACGUUAUCGAUACCCCUCGAACCACCUCCACGAGCACAUUCAUGUCCAACAUGCUGUACGCAUGCAGUAUCCUCUACAAGACCAAGCUCCCCAUGAUCCUGGUCUUCAACAAGACCGACGUGCAAGACGCAACAUUUGCCAAGGAGUGGAUGACGGAUUUCGAGGCUUUCCAGCAAGCUCUCCAGCAAGACGAGAUGAGCGACGUUAUUGGCGGCUACGAGACGUCCGAGGGCGGCAGCGGCGGCUCCGGCUACAUGGGCAGCCUCCUCAACUCCAUGAGUCUCAUGCUCGAGGAGUUCUACUCCCACCUCAGCUUUGUCCCCGUCAGCUCACGCCUCGGGACGGGCAUGGACGAGUUCUUCGCCGCGGUGGAGGAGAAGGCCGAGGAAUUCAAGCAGGACUACCUCCCCGAGCUGAAGCGCAGGCGUGAGGAGCGUGAAGAAAAGAAGCGCCUGGCCCGCGAUCACGAGGUGGAGAAGAUGAUGAAGGGUAUGUCGGUGGACGCGGGCAAGAAGCCAAUGGUCGUCAAGCCAGUCGAUGACGAUGACGAUGAUGUGGAUGUCGCCAGCGACGUGGACGAUGAUGAUAUGCCGGAUGACGAGGAUGACCGCGAAGGUCUCCAGGCUCGGUACGAGGCGGCGAUGGAGGCCGAGGGCGACUCCAUCAUGGCUGACGGCAGUUUCGCAAAGUAUCUGCACACGCGGCCGACAUGAUAUGUUACGGCGCUACUGGAGCACACACGCGCGGGUCACAUUUAUUUGAUAUAGAAUGAACAAUUGGGCAAGGGGAUGGCGUUUUAGACGGUUGCUGCAUUAUCAUGAGAUACCUCGAAAAAAAAAAGGAAAAGGAACAGGUGCAGAAGA